CUCCUCCCCGAGGUGCCGGUGGCCCGGCCGCCACUCCCUCCGGCUCCCUCCCUCCGGCUCCCUCCCUCCCGCCGCGGCGCGCAUCUCAUUCCAGCCCUCAUUCCGCGCAUUCCAGCGUCCUCCUCGCACACUCUAGGCCAGGGGGCGGGAGGGCCGCAGCUCCGGCGCCGCCGCGUCCCGCCAGAGCGAUCGCCGCGGCCAGAAGAGUUGGCGCUCGGGGCGGACUCCUUGGAACUGGCUUAGCGCACACAUCCCACCUUCCCGAACCCUGGGACCGGUCCAACGGGCGCUCCUCCAAGCGGAGCCUUGGAGGGCAAGGCCGGCACCAUUACCUCCAACGAGUGGAGCUCUCCCAACUCCCCUGAGGGGAGCAACGUCUCUGGGGGCAGUCAGGCGCUGGACAAGCCCAUCGACAAUGAUGCAGAGGGCGUGUGGAGCCCGGACAUUGAGCAGAGUUUCCAGGAGGCCCUGGCCAUCUACCCGCCCUGUGGCCGGCGUAAAAUUAUCCUGUCGGACGAGGGCAAGAUGUACGGUCGGAACGAGCUGAUUGCCCGCUACAUCAAGCUCCGGACAGGGAAGACCCGCACCAGGAAGCAGGUUUCCAGCCACAUCCAGGUGCUGGCUCGUCGCAAAGCUCGCGAGAUCCAGGCCAAGCUAAAGGACCAGGCAGCUAAGGACAAGGCCCUGCAGAGCAUGGCUGCCAUGUCGUCUGCACAGAUCAUCUCCGCCACGGCCUUCCACAGUAGCAUGGCCCUCGCCCGGGGCCCCGGCCGCUCUGCAGUCUCAGGGUUUUGGCAAGGAGCUUUGCCAGGCCAAGCCGGAACGUCCCAUGAUGUGAAGCCUUUCUCUCAGCAAACCUAUGCUGUCCAGCCUCCGCUGCCUCUGCCAGGGUUUGAGUCUCCUGCAGGGCCCGCCCCAUCGCCCUCUGCGCCCCCGGCACCCCCGUGGCAGGGCCGCAGCGUGGCCAGCUCCAAGCUCUGGAUGUUGGAGUUCUCAGCCUUCCUGGAGCAGCAGCAGGACCCGGACACGUACAACAAGCACCUGUUCGUGCACAUUGGCCAGUCCAGCCCAAGCUACAGCGACCCCUACCUCGAAGCCGUGGACAUCCGCCAAAUCUAUGACAAAUUCCCGGAGAAAAAGGGUGGACUCAAGGAGCUCUUUGAACGGGGACCCUCCAAUGCCUUUUUUCUCGUGAAGUUCUGGGCAGACCUCAACACCAACAUCGAGGAUGAAGGCAGCUCCUUCUAUGGGGUCUCCAGCCAGUAUGAGAGCCCCGAGAACAUGAUUAUCACCUGCUCCACCAAGGUCUGCUCUUUCGGCAAGCAGGUGGUGGAGAAAGUUGAGACAGAGUAUGCUCGCUAUGAGAAUGGACACUACUCUUACCGCAUCCACCGGUCCCCGCUCUGUGAGUACAUGAUCAACUUCAUCCACAAGCUGAAGCAUCUCCCCGAGAAGUACAUGAUGAACAGCGUGCUGGAGAACUUCACCAUCCUGCAGGUGGUCACCAACAGAGACACACAGGAGACCUUGCUGUGCAUCGCCUAUGUCUUCGAGGUGUCAGCCAGUGAGCAUGGGGCUCAGCACCAUAUCUACAGGCUGGUGAAAGAAUGAGAGACUCGGGGAGCAGGGAGGGGGGAAGAGACGUGUGUGCAGGAAACGGGGACGUGGGGAGGGGACCUGCAGGGGCAGCCCCUGAAGUGCCGAGAGAGCUGAGAGGAGCAGUUGUGACUCUACCCAGGAACAAACUGUGCCUGAACCUGCAGUGCCCAACCCCAAAUAAACCCAAGAUGCUGUGUCUUUUCAGAGGA